CAGGGUCCACGUGUGUAACCUUUCCUAUGCUCGGUUAUCGGUCACAAAUUGAACCAACCGCGUCUCACCUUGUCUGUCACUGUGAAAGGGAAAUCAGCAGUAACGAAAAAUUGGACCAACCCGUCUGUUGAGAACACACCGCAGCCAUGGAUGUUUCCAGUAAAACACCAAAUCAAUAUUCCGAAGGAGUGAAAGCAGAUGAAGCGCCUUGCUGUGUUCAGGGACCCCGAGACUGUUGUCUGAAGAAACUACGUGAUUUAAUUCUGCCCGAUUUUCGAAAAGAGCUGGUUCAACUUGGCAAACUGGCUGGACCGGUGGUCAUUUCCCAGCUGAUGGUCUUCAUGAUCAGUUUCGUCAGCACUGUCUUCUGUGGUCAUCUGGGGAAAACUGAACUAGCAGGAGUAGCAUUAUCAAUAGCGGUGGUCAAUGUCACUGGUAUUUCCAUUGGAACUGGAUUAUCGUUGACUUGUGAUACCCUCAUAUCUCAGACGUAUGGGAGCGGUAACUUGAAGCGCGUGGGUGUGAUUCUCCAGAGGGGGAUUCUGAUUCUGCUGCUGGCCUGUUUCCCCUGCUGGGCUAUCCUCAUCAACACUGAACCUCUCCUACUUGCUGUCAAACAGAGCCCAGAGAUUGCCAGUCUCGCCCAGCUGUAUGUGAUGAUCUUCAUGCCUGCCCUGCCGGCUGCUUUUAUGUACCAGCUGCAAGGGAGGUAUCUUCAAAAUCAGGGAAUUAUAUGGCCUCAGGUUGUGACUGGAGCAAUUGCAAAUAUCCUCAACGCAAUCAUCAACUACGUUUUCCUCUUCCGUCUGGAGUUGGGCGUUGCUGGAUCUGCUGCAGCUAAUGCUAUCUCACAGUAUGUGCUGGCUGUGGUCUUAUACAUCUACAUCUGCUGCAGGGGUCUGCAUAAGGCCACAUGGGGAGGUUGGUCACUGGACUGUCUGCAGGAAUGGGGACCCUUCAUUAAGCUGGCCAUCCCCAGUAUGCUCAUGCUUUGUCUGGAGUGGUGGAUGUUUGAAAUAGGAGGAUUCCUGGCCGGAUUGAUUAGUGAGGUUGAGCUGGGAGCUCAGUCCAUAGUUUAUGAGCUGGCGGUUGUAGCUUACAUGUUCCCAUUAGGACUGUCUGCUGCUGCCAGUGUACGUGUUGGGAAUGCUCUUGGUGCAGGAAACAUAGAGCAGGCCAAGUUGUCUUCCAAAAUCCCCAUCAUUUGUGCACGUAAGACCCAAUGCAAACUGUGCAGUACAUGUUGCCUGAAUAACCUUUUCACUUGAGCGGUAGUGAUAGUUUAGUGGCCAUUUGUAUUAAAAAUAUAUUUGACAUCAUUCACAUCUCAUUAACACAAAAAGUCCUCUUAACACUACCAGCAAUGCAGACAUGUCAUACAAGACAUUGAAAACUAUACAUAGUAAUACAUUAGAACUGUAUGCCAAUCAACUGAAAAUACAGUGUUAAUACAUAAAUGUACUAAAGCAAUACAGAGUAAAAACAAGAGAUACUUGAUGGAGUGAUCAAGCGGUCUACUGGGUCAUUAUGGUCCACUAGCUCUUUUUCUGGGCCUUAUCGCCACUCCGGCUGUAUAUGUCAGCUCAACGUAGUCUGGACUGAAUCUCAUGAAUGCAUUUUGUUUGAAUUGAUGUUAGGUCUGAACGUUCUUUUCAAGACUUGCCAUGUAAUUCACAGAAUGGCCCGAGGGAGGAAUUUAAUGUAUAAACUAAACAGAUUUUCUCACACUUGAACCAUUCCAUUUGCAAUAUUCCACUUUCUUGUGUUCACCUCUUC